AUGAAGAUUCAAAACCUAGCUGCCUCCCUCUUGUCUCUCGCUGCUACCGUCUGGGCGCAUGAUUCUCAUCAUGAGGCCCAUCACGACGACCCUCAUUGGCCUCCACACCCUGGUUACCAUCACAACACCACCCUGAGUACGCACAGCAAGCCUGUGCCUAGCCACUUGCCGAAGCCUUCACCAAUUGCUGGCGGCUCCUUCAAUGAUACCCAUAUUAUAUUCAACCUCACCGUUCCAUGCUCGCUUGGCUCUGGCGGUAUGGACUGGUUCAGCGAUAUUUCCGACACUAAAUACUACGGCUACCAUUUCUUACCAGAACACUUCAAGGGAUACCACGACCGGGAAGGCAGUUUCUCAGAGAUCGAAAUUGAUGUCGACGGGUCAGGUCCUACAAGAUUGGAGGUGAUAAUCGGCGAGAAAUGCAAAAGUCCUGAUGACGCCAUCCAUGUGGAAAUCGACGCUACAAUCGUAAACUCGAAGCCAGGUUAUAUUGGAUACUUCUUCCUCUACACGGAGGAGAAGUCUGGGAGUCACGAAAAGAUCUCCACUCACCUUAUCACUGGAGUGGCCACCGCUGCCAAGCAGACCCCGACGGCGCUACCUCCAAAGCCUACAGAGUCGCCUAGUCACGAAGACACUACGCUGCCACAUGGAAUUAAGUUCACAACGGUGCCAACCCCAACCUUCAAGCCACAUUUCAAAGAGGACCAUUAA